CCCACAGACAGUUUUCAAAACCAAAGGUUGUCUUCUUUCUCAGUCUUCUCUUCCAAAAUUCCAAGCCACCAUCGCCAUGGCUGUAAUACCAAAGCAAGACCCUCCAUCACCUGCCUUUGUAGAAUCUGUAGAAGAAAUCAUGAGAACCUACAGAUCACUGCCACCAAGACCAUCCAUUGAAGAGGUUGAGGCUGCAAUGUCUGUGCUCAAAACUGUGAACACUGAGGAGGAGAUGAAGCUUGAGGAAAUCUCAAAGCAAGAGUCUUCUCCCCAAGGUGUUCCUGAGGAACUCUUCUCUAUACUGCAGCAAGUGAGGAGAACCAUGGUCUUGUUCCAGAGCCAUGAACAGAGGAAAGAGGCUCUUCACUUGGUUGAGCAUGACAAGAUGUUUCAGACCUUUGAUGAUCUCAUUCAGAGAGCAUCUGGGUUGGUUUCUGGUGAUACCCAGAAUCAGGAACAUGUUGUUCUGAGUCACCCAGUUGAGAAAUUUGGGGGAGAAAUUGUUAUCUGUGAUGAGACGUUGUUGAAGAAAAAGGAACAUGAAGAAUCAAAGGGAACAACUUUGAAGGGUUUGGCUAGGAGUUCUUCGUCAAAGGCUUCUCUUUUCUCUUCGGGAGCAGGUGGUGUAGAGUCUGAGAAAUUGAGUCUAAUGAAGGUGGCAUCCCUUAUAGAAAACUCUGCUAAAAGUGGAGCAGUAGCUCUUGAUCUUAAAGGAAAGUUGAUGGAUAAGGUGGAGUGGCUUCCUUUAUCAAUUGGGAAAUUAUCGACUGUCACUGAAUUUGAUUUAUCAGAGAACCAAAUCAUGGCUCUGCCACCCACUAUUGGAGGCCUCAGUGCCUUGACAAAACUUGUCAUCCACUCAAACCAAAUUAUAAACCUUCCUGACUCAUUUGGAGAACUAAUCAAUCUCACUGAUCUUGACCUUCAUGCUAACAGGUUGAAAUCACUGCCAGCUUCUUUUGGCAACUUGAUAAACCUCAUUAAUCUUGAUUUGGCCUCAAAUGACUUCACUCAUUUACCAGAGACAAUUGGGAGUUUGACUCGCUUGAUGAGAUUGAAUGUAGAAACAAACCAGCUUGAAGAAUUACCUUACACAAUUGGAUCUUGUUCAUCACUUGUGGAGCUAAGAUUAGACUUUAAUCAGCUCAGGGCUCUUCCUGAGGUAAUUGGAAAUCUUGAAUACUUGGAGAUCCUCACUUUGCACUAUAACAGAGUUAAGAAGUUCCCGACAACAAUGGGCAACUUUUCCAAUUUGAAGGAACUUGAUGUCAGCUUCAAUGAACUUGAGUCCAUACCAGAAAACCUAUGUUUUGCAGUAAGUCUCAAGAAAUUGAAUGUGGGGAAUAAUUUUGCUGACCUAAGGGCUUUGCCAAGAGCUAUUGGAAAUCUUGAGAUGCUUGAAGAGUUGUAUAUAAGUUACAAUCAAAUAAGAAUAUUGCCAGAUUCUUUCAUGUCUUUGUCAAAAUUGAGAGUUUUCCAUGCUAAUGAGACUCCUUUAGAAGUGCCACCAAGACAUGUAACCAAAUUGGGUGCUCAGGCUGUUGUUCAGUACAUGGCUGAUUUUGUUGCAAAGAGGGAUGCUAAAUCUCUACCAUCAAAGAAGAAGAAGGGAUUUUGGUCCUGGAUUUGCUCAAUGUUUCGCCCCCACCAGAGUAAUUCAACCAAAAAUAAGUAAUUGUCAAAAGCUUAAUUGUUACAUUGGAGAAUCAUGCUCAUAUGUAUCUGGAAUUUUAACAAAGUGUUCAAUAUUUUGCAGUUUAUAUUUUACAAAUUGUUCAGUGAUAUUACAAAAUUUUCAACUUCUGGUUUUGCUUGAUGGGGGUGUAACAGGAGACAGUGUAAUAGCAAGUUUUCUCCUAUACUAUAAAGAACGUUACUCUAGUUUCUUUUA